UUGCUUAAUGCUUAUCACCAUUUCAUAUUUCUUAAGUAAGACAUAUUUUGCAAGUUUCUGCAGGUUUAUUUUUAUUUAUAAUAUUAAAAAUGAGACCUAAAUGUAGUACUGGAUAUCUCACCCCACAAACCAACAAAAGUAAACGUAUUUUAAAAGUGAAACGUACAGAAUCAAAUGAAAACUUGACCAGUGUAAAAGAUUUGAGUGACAGUUUUUUCCAAAAACUUAUGAGUUGCCCUAUAAAACGUCAGUUAGUUUUAACUUUAAUCAAUUCAGAAAAGGAUAACAUAGAAGAAUAUAAACGUAACCGAACCAAAGAUCUAAGAAAAGACGUUGAUGGCAGUCCAUUGCAUAAAGUUAAAAGAAACUACUGUGAAAGCCCUACUGCUUUACUGCGACGUAGAGCUUUAGAACAGAAAAAUCGCCAGAAUGGAAACGAUAACCAAGAUGAUCUAUUGGAUUGUAUAAGUCAAUCUAGCUCUGAACAUUCAAGUGCUUCAAGUUGUCCAUCCACUGUCCCAUUUAAUGAAUUGCUAAAUGGGGUUGUCGCAUACGUAGAAAUUAAAAGUAAAGAUGAAGAUCGAUCCAGUGGUGCAAAAGCACUUAUGAAAGCUAUGGGAGCUACUAUAAGGGACAAGUUUACCAAGGAUGUUACGCAUGUUAUAUUUAAGGAUGGUUCUUUUACAACGUAUCAAAAAGCCAAACUGAUGAAAGUUCAUUUAGUGUCGGUUCUAUGGAUAGAGGCAGUUAGAAGUAACAACAUGAGAGUACCUGAAAAAAAAUUUCCAGCUUUGGGAACGGAAACUUAUGACAGUAAUGUUUCAUCGAUGUGUUCACAACUGCAGAAAGAAUAUGAAAGUCUUAUUAGAGACGAACUCCAUCGUAGUUUAGCCACUGGAACUCCAUUGCCUUCAACGCAGGCCCUUAUUGAUAGACGCCGAACUCUAAUGACACCAGUUCCUUCAUCAUCUAACAAACUUUCUCAAGAGCUUCCUUCGUCUCAGGAUAUAGAAGUGCAAAAAAUUUUACGUUCUCGUAGAAAAACAAUUGCAUGGGGUAACAACUCGGGCACCGAAAAAGUGCCCAGUGAAUUACCUUCUGACGAUGACUCAGAUUUAGGUCCUUUCAUUAAUGGUAUAAGUAUAAGACGAAGACAAAGUUCAUUGUUUCCCAAUUUACCAAACAGUAACAAUGACAUCAAUUUUGAGAAUGAGUUGCAGGAUUCAAAUAUGGAUUUAACAUUUUUAGAAAAAUCAACGCCUCUGAAAGGUAAUGUAAAGUCCAGAAGAAGUAACUUGUCUCGAAAGAUUGAAGGCAUAUCAGAACUGAAGGAUACGGUGCUUUUAAAUGACUCAGUUUGUGACAACGCCAAGGAGAAUUGCGUUCCGAAUAGUUCAAUUGACGAAAGUAUCUAUCACAAAAAGACUCCCGUUAAAAAUAAAAUAAGUAACGACAAAGCGUGUCCUAAGUCGGUAGAGGAUGAAUUUAAUAUUCCAAAGGAUACGGGGUAUAGAAGGAAAACUAGAUCACAUAGUAACAGUGGAUCGAAAUUAAAAGCUGAUACAAAUAGUUCUCGUACAACCAGUGACUCGGUUUUGGAACUACAUCGCAGGUCUACUGAAUUACAGAUCCUUAGUAAAAAUGUCUGUAAUACCAAUAAUAAUGUUGCAGCUUUGAAUAGUUUUUCGAUUAUAACUUCUACUGUUACUGUGGAGAAAACGUCCAGUACAAACAUGUCUUCCCUUCAGAUUUCCCUGAAUAAAGAAAAGUCUGAUUCUGGUAAAGCGAAUGAAGCUGUAGGUGUUUCAACAAGUACCAACUUGUCUACAUUGCAGAUAUCGUCAGAUUCAGGCAAAGAUAAAUCUGCUGACACUGCGAACCAUAAGAACUCAGAAAAUAAUAACAUCUUAGAAUUACAUUUAAAUAAAAAAUCCAUGGAGAAAGAGACAUCGCUGAAUGGAAAGAAUAGUUUCAGUCCAAUAAAUUCAAGUGUUAUAGAGAAAGUGCUGGAUAUGUUGGAUGAAACACCGUCAAAAGAUGAAAACAUUACAAAAAGACGAAAAAGACAAUACACUGAAAGUAGAAGUGGUUAUAAUACUAGAAGAAGAACAAUGCUACCUCCUGAUGUAAAUGGAACGGAAUCAGAUAAUGAUGUAGAAUCUGACAAAGAUGUACCACCAAAGCGAAGCCCUGCAAAAAAAACUAAAAAUAAUAAUUUGCCUAUUAGUUCAAGCAAGUGUAAUAAGAAUGGAGGAACCUUAAGUAGGGCAGAAGAUAUUGAAGAUGAAUCAAAAAAAGCCAUCAAAUUUGACAAUGUCUCUACCGGGAAACAGUUUACACCUCAAGAUAAAAGUAGAAAGAUAAAGUUCAGCGAUAAAAAAACAAAGUCAAGGAAACGGGUUUCCAAAAAAUAUAUUAACUCAGAUUUGUCUAAGCAAGUUGAAAAAAGCUGUUCAUUAUCAGAUAGUUCACAAGAUUCUUCAAAAAGCAAGGGAAGUAACAAAAAAUUGAAUAGAACAAGGAAAUUGUACAAUCCAGAUGAAUCGAUUAAGGAAGUAAUCACAAAUGACGAAUCAGAGAGGGAGUGCAAGAGAAAUGAAAUAAAAAAGCGAAAAUCAGAGGAAGGAGUGGUACUUAAUUGUAAUAUUGUAACCAUUUCUCCCAACACAUUGCUAACUUCUAAAGCCAAAAAAUUCGUUGACCAAAAUAAAAUCAGCGUCCAGGAUAUAUUAAAUACAGAAACAGAGGACAAAGCAAAGGUAUCAAAAAAACGGAAAACUAAAAAGAAUAAGAAACAAAUUUCAAGAAACAGCGAAGCUGAUGAACAAUGUCAGCUAGCCGCAGAAUUUACAAAUAAACAGAACGAGAAGUUGCCUAAAAAAGCAACACCAGGAAGCACCACGAAAAAGAAGGAAAUAAUUAAAAGGCGGAAAUCUGCUAGAUUGUCCCAGAAUCCUAGGAGGAAAUUAAAUUUAAAUGGCAGUACCUCAAGUUCUGAUGAAAAUUGUAUCGUACCGGUCACACCACUUGUGAAUAGAAGAAGUACCAUGGAGUUUCAGACGAAAUCACAAAUGAGUUCGAAUAAAAAACUAAAAAUUGACAAAAGUAAACGUCCAAGUAUUGUUUGUACCAAAUUGCACAAAGAAGAUAUCCAGAUAUUUAACCAGAUUGUAAGAAAACUUGGAGGGUUUGUGAUCGAAGAUGAAGUUAGUAGUAAAACGACACAUUUAGUGGCUGGAGAGCCAAAACGGACGAUAAACAUGUUACGAGCAAUGACUAUGGGAUGCUGGAUACUAAAACAUGAAUGGCUCCUGAGGUCACUUGAAGAAGGGAAAUGGCUUCCAGAAGAAGAUUUUGAGGAAACUGACUUUUCACCUGCAGUUCAACGAUGCCGCCUACAACGUCAAGCCUUUGGACCAUCAUAUACUAUGGACAUCUUCCAAGAUUGUGGACCAAUCUAUAUAGCAAAGGGAAGUAUACCUAGGUGUUCAGACUUAAAAGAACUGGUUCUUUUAUGUAAGGGAAACCUUUGCAGUAUUCCAAGAAAUGCGGCCAUAGUAGUAGGAGAGUAUGUCAAGUACGAAGGUGUAAAAUGUGUUAGGGAAACCUGGGUACUGGAUUCUAUAACUUGUAAUAAAAGGAUAUCUUUAAAAAAAUAUCUAAUUCCCCCAACCAACUGUAGUCCUAUUGUAUAACAAAUGCUUUUUAUUAAGUUUACUUUUAUUUUUAAUUUACUGCUCAUUCUUAUAUAUUUAUU